AGGUAGGGGAUGAAAACGAAUCAGGAAAGUUUGAAGGCUUCAGGGCGAGGCUCGAAUGUUUUGUCCAGAGUCUGAACUCCUGUGGGCGGGACUAGACUCUUUCGGGUAGUUGUCAGAACGCUAGUUUUAAGGGUGGCUUUAAAACUUUAGAACAGCUCCGGAGCUGGUGGAAGUGUUGUAGGCGGAACUUGUCUCCAGCUGGUUAGAACCCAGAUGCCCCGAGGAGCAGUAGAGGACCACCUAAAGAUGAGGUUUAUUUCCUUGUAGCUCCUGUUGUCUCCCCCCGCCUCCCUCCAAAGGGACACUCCUACCAUUGAAGUAAGAGGGAAAGAGGGAGAAAGGAUAGGGUGAAGAGCUAGGAUGUCCGUUUGAGUACCACUCCCCCUGCGUCCAACCCACUCCCCUUCCCCAACCUUUCCAUCCCCUGGAAAAGCAGAGGCUCCUGGAGCUCCUUGUGCAAAGGGAAACUGAGUCCCGGAGGGCUCUCAAGGGACCACCGCUCCAGCCUCCUUUCAACCCCACUGGGGCAGCCUGAUGCCCCAGAAGCGGCGGAGCCCCCGGAAGACUGAGUCGGGGGCGCCUGGGCCAGGGCUGGAGCCGCACGUCUUGGGACAGUUUAGAAGACUAAAGGUCAGGAUGGGGUGUGUGAAGUCCAGGUUUACCCAGGAUGGUGGGAAGUUCUUCAAAAAAGAGUCUCAAACAAAUACCCAGGGCCCUGUGUAUGUGCCAGAUCCAACAUCCUCUGGAAAAAAGGUAGUCAGUGGUUCCAGCGUCAACCAGGUCAUCUCCUCUGAUGGCUCUGAGAAUACGGACAUCACAGUUGUGGCCCUUUAUGACUAUGAGGCCAUCCACAGAGAGGACCUCAGCUUCCGGAAGGGUGACCAGAUGGUGGUCCUAGAAAAGUCUGGAGAGUGGUGGAAAGCUCGUUCUCUUGCAACCCGGAAGGAGGGCUAUAUCCCAAGUAACUAUGUAGCUCAGAUCAACUCGCUGGAGACAGAGGAAUGGUUCUUCAAAAACAUCAGCCGUAAGGAUGCAGAGCGUCACCUGCUGGCACCUGGGAACGUCCUGGGCUCCUUCAUGAUUCGGGACAGUGAAACCACCAAAGGCAGCUAUUCCUUAUCAAUAAGGGACUAUGACGCCCAGCACCAGGAUGCAGUGAAACAUUAUAAGAUCCGGACCCUGGACAAUGGUGGCUUCUAUAUCUCCCCACGGAGCACUUUCAGCACUCUGCAGGAUCUGGUGGCCCACUACAAGAAAGAAAGUGAUGGCUUAUGCCAGAAGCUAACAGGGCCCUGUGUGGUACCCAAGCCCCAGAAACCCUGGGAGAAGGAUGCCUGGGAGAUCCCCAGGGAAUCCCUGAAGUUGGAGAGGAAACUGGGAGCUGGGCAAUUUGGAGAAGUCUGGAUGGCUACCUAUAACAAACACACCAAGGUAGCUGUGAAGACCAUGAAGCCAGGGAGCAUGUCUGUGGAAGCCUUCUUGGCUGAGGCCAACCUGAUGAAGACUCUGCAACAUGACAAGCUUGUGAAAUUGCAUGCUGUGGUCACGAAGGAAGAGCCCAUCUACAUCAUCACUGAGUUCAUGGCAAAAGGAAGCCUGCUGGACUUUCUGAAAAGUGAUGAAGGCCGAAAACAACCCCUACCAAAGCUCAUCGAUUUCUCAGCCCAGAUUGCUGAGGGAAUGGCCUUCAUUGAGCUGAGGAACUAUAUUCACCGAGAUCUAAGAGCAGCCAACAUCCUAGUCUCGUCGGCCCUGGUGUGUAAGAUUGCCGACUUUGGCCUGGCACGGCUCAUUGAGGACAACUUAUACAAUGCUCGAGAGGGAGCCAAGUUUCCCAUUAAGUGGACAGCUCCAGAGGCCAUCAACUUCGGUUCCUUUACCAUCAAGUCAGAUGUGUGGUCCUUCGGCAUCCUUAUGAUGGAGAUUGUCACUUAUGGCCGGAUUCCCUAUCCAGGAAUGUCUAACCCUGAAGUGAUCCGUUCCCUGGAUCGUGGAUACCGGAUGCCUCGGACAGACAAUUGCCCAGAAGAACUAUACAGCAUCAUGACUCGCUGCUGGAUGAACAAACCCGAGGAUCGGCCUACAUUUGAGUAUCUCCAGAGUGUGCUGGAGGACUUCUAUACUGCCACUGAGAGCCAGUACCAAAAGCAGCCAUAAGGAGUAGCAUCCCAAGCACUGUGACCAACUCUUGGAUCAUCUCAGCAACCCAUCACAUUGCUUUCAUGUACACUACCUACUGGUCAUACUCAUCUUCCUAAUUCCCAUCUCCAUCUAGUUCUAGUUCUGUCACUGACUCAGUGGAUCAUUGGACAAAUCACUUUCUCUUUCUGGGUCUUCCUCUUUAAAGUGAAGGCAUUGGAUUAGAUGAUCUCUGAGGUUCUUUCCAGCUCUAACGUUCUAUAUUCUAUGAUCUAAGGUCCCUUCCAGUGAUAGCGUUCUAUGUUCUAUAUUAUAAGGUGCCCUCCAACUAUAACAUUUGACAAUCUAAAAGCUCUUUUGGUUCUGACAUUCUCUGACUCUGAUUCCUAGGAAGACUGUUGGUCAAUAUUACUCUUGGCAACUGA